CCCACCGCUGACGCUCGUCCGAUGGGCUUCUACCAGGCAAGAGCACGGACGAACACUGUGAAACUCACAGCCGUCGGUGGUGCCCUGUCCUUUGCUACAGUCCUUUAUCUUUAUUCUGGCCCUCCUGGUCACUUCUUCCGACCACCACCAGACCUUCUUCCCACCCGUGAUCGUGCUUCAUGUCCACCGCAGGCCUAUGCUUCAGGCCAAUGGACGUACAACCCACACUUCCCACCAGAAGAUAACAGCACACUAAAAAGUGCAGAUGAAGUGUUUGCGUUCAAUGGCCUCGAGGGCUGCACGAGCGACAGGGAGUUCAAAUGGCAUCUCGGAGUCGACAACGAGGAGGCAUUUGACCGCUUUCCGGACGUCAUGGAUUGGCAGUGGACGCCGGGCGAGGAGUGCAGUGCGAUGAGACCGAUGAGUGCGCAGUCGUUGGUGAGGGACUUUGUCGCCAAUGGAGGCUGGCUCAUUCUAGGUGACUCAAUAUCAGAAAAUCACUUCUUCUCGCUGUCCUGUUCUCUCUAUCCCCACGUCCGCAGUACACCAAACUACACCGAAAACCCGUAUUUCGACCGCGCAUGGCCACAGAACCUCUACCUAAACCCUUCUUCGCCCCUCAUCUCUACGCUCUCAUUCCCACCUGGGUUCUCCAUCGAGUCAACACCACUCGUGACGUUCCGACGUGUCGACCUCUUGCUUUCGCAGGACGAGAUCGAGGCGAUUCAUCGGACGUCGCAUCCGGAGCUAUACAUUCGUAACACGCAGGGACGGCCGCAACUGGACGACGAUGAUUAUAUGAGCGAAGAGGAGGGAGCGAAAGAGUUCAAGUUGUUCAGCGACGAACAAGUUUGGUCACUCUCCCCUAAAGAAUACAUGCCUCUCUUCCUCUCCCCACUCCCGGAAGCGCACUACUCUACCCUCAUCCUCAGCACCGCAGGCCAUUGGACGACACAUCUUUUCACAGGCAUCUCUGACCCUUCAGAGACGCCAGAAGCAGAAGCGACUGGACACGGAAUACAGAACGUGUUGGAGCUGUUUGAGGACUCGAUGAGGGUGUUGGCGGGAGAGUUGCAGGAGGCGUUGGACGAGGAUCGGAGGGGGAAGGGAGGCUCGCUGGGCUUGAGCUGGGGCAAGGCGCAGAAGCCGGUGAGGAGGCAGGUGGUGGUGAGGGGGUAUUUGAGUGGGCAUGAGGACUGUCAUGAUAAGCAUGCGCCGUGGGCGGAGGUGCAGCCAUAUGUUUGGAAGUGGUGGAACUGGCCAUGGAUCAGGGAUUUCAAUGUCAUUUUCGAGAUGGUGUUGUCAUCCUCACGCUAUCCCGACAUUCACUACCUCCCUAUCGACAGACCAGGCAUGCUUCGUCCGGAUGCACACGUCACGAGUGACUGUUUACACUUGCUGACUGGGACGGGCGUGAUCGAGGGAUGGACGCAUUAUAUAUGGCAUUUCGUGACGAGAGAACUACCAGGACGGAUACGGUGAGAGGCUCGGUGGUAGGACAUAGUCAGAGAUUUGUAUAUGAGUGGAUGGUUGGACGGGGAGGAUGAGAGAUUAUAUGUAUGCGUGGGGUGCCGAGAGAUCUAUGGACUUUUAAUGCUUGAUUACCGAUACCACUUCUGCAUUGCCCAGCGCGAACUUCACAACCUUUUUGCAUUGUUCACAUAUGUCUGCUUUACUUAUUCACAAUAGAUUCGG